AUGGGUGCCAAGUGUCGAGUGUCGAGUGUCGAGAAGCGCCGGCGGUGCCCUCAGUGUGAGGAGGUCGUGGCGGCGGCUGCGGGGGCCCGUUGCAGAAGAGAUUGGAAGUGUGGAAGCAGCACACAGGAUUGGGCUGACAGCAAAGGGAUCGCGAGCAUCGGUUCCUGGGGCGGCUGGUCGGCGUCUCUGUCCGACAAGUUGGAUGGAAAUGGCGAUGUCAAAGAGGAGUGGGUGAGAGUUGAGAUGCGCAAGAGCGAAGAGGCUCAAUGGGAAGACACGCUACUUGGACAGGCUAAGGUCGUAGACUGCAGGAGGAAGAAGGACGAGUCGGCUCCAAGAUGGGAUCGUCGUUCGGGUUCGGGCUCAGGCGAAAGAGUGGAGGGAAGCGUCUAG